GGGACUUGUUCGUACUAGAACUACGUGCGGAAACGCAUGCAGUGUUAACGUUGUUUUCAUGGCCACUGCCGUCCGAGGUCACUGACCCCAGUAUUUUGGUGCAAAAGUAUCAGUUGUUGUCGUCGUUCUACAACUUCCUAUCGUCAUUUACCUUUGGCAAAGAAGGUCUGCAAUUGUUGCGGACCGCAGAGCUGAAGCAAGAUGGCAGUCAACCUGAGAUAUCAAGUCAGACAACUGUACAAAAAUCUGAUGUUCCUGGGUAGAGAGUACCCCAAGGGCCAGGACUACUUCAGACAGAGAUGCAAGGCUGCUUUUGUCAAACACAAGGAUGAGACAGACCCGGAGGUCAUCAAGAUGCUCAUAGCGAGAGGAGACUACGUCAUUAAGGAGCUGGAGGCUCUGUACAUGCUUAGGAAAUACAGGACCCUGAAAAAGAGAUACUACCCCUCAUAGAUGAUGUGUAAUACUAGACAGAAUAGUUGUUUGUAGCCAUGAAAAUAUUCAACGUUGUUCAAAAUCAUUUACAUGAUUGUAUAGUCUUCCUUAGGAGAUUUGUAUUUCAUGGAUCCAAAGCGGUGAACGAAUUUAGAAAUUGUUGAUAAUGAAAUAAAGCUGCUACCAGUGUCACGACUUAAUGCAGUGGACUGAGUCAAGUUUCAAAUUUAGGCUAUUAUAAUAUGUUUUGUGCAUCUUUUUUGUUGUUGUUGCUGCAAAAAUCAUUUUUGACGCCAUUCUGUUUUUUGAAGAAGCAAGAUUUAUGUGGCCUAGAAAAGCAUUGGUGUCAAGCCUUACAUUAUAUUGCACAAAUUGCAUGAAUCAGAGGUAUACAAUGGGCAAGUAUGAAAGCUAUACAUGUUAUUGUCAAACCCCGCAGAAAAGGUUUUGAAGACUAAAGUGGGAGGAUUGUAGACUGCAACUAUUCAGUAAAAGUUGACGAUGACGAAAUAUUUUUCAUGUCUAAUCUGUGUGUUUCACUGAAAGUUGGAAGUGUUCCAGAUCAACUUCAAAGUGAUGAAAGACGGAUUCAGGUUAUGAGUCAUUGAAACAGUUCUAUCCAGUUGUACAAGAAAAGUUAAUUUUAUAUCAUAGCAGAGAGUAAACUGAUUGAUGUUACAUGUACUAGAAGCAAUUAGUGUCCUAAUUUCUGCCACAGAUAAUGUCAAUGUAACUUGACAAUGCGCUGCUCAUUUUGUUUCAUUUUGUCCGGUUUGUUUUAUGAGCAUUAAGUUUUCUUUACUAAUGUAACAAGAGUUACAAAAUUUAUGCUACAGCCUGAAGGUAGAAGGGCUGAUAGCGCAAGCAUUGUCAGUCAUUGUACAUGUGCAUUUCUGUUGCCAAUAUGUUGAGCGUUAAUUAUGACUGUACAUGUAUUAUGCCAUGGGGUGUUAUUACUCUUCAAACUGUAACAAGGUAGAAGAAAAAUUGAAUAAAGCCGGUGUUCAGUAAUGUAGUACCAACUGGACAAACUCACUGUAACAUUUGUGCUCGAAGAGGAAGAUGAAAUUAUCAGGUGAA